GGAGAGAGCGAGAGAGAAAGGACUGCGCCGCUAAUGAGAAAACGGACCGUCGCCGAGCACGCAAGAGCAGACAGCAAAAAGGAGAUAGGGGGAAAAAACGAAGAAAUGAUCUAAACCGUAAAAAAAAAGAUUAGAAAGGGGCGGUGGAUAACGACGAAAUCGUCACAUAUAUUCACUGGAAGGAUUACAAUUGCCCGAUAGUGGUGAAUAAAAUCCAACGGGGUUUUUUGAUGCUGUCCUCACGGAGAAUUGAGCUAACGGGCUUGCUGGUCUUCUGAACGAUGCAUAGGCUUCUGCUCCUGAGUUUGGCGUUGAGUUUUCACCGUGUGUGGACAGCGCGUUUCUCCCAGGAGCCAGCGGACCAGUCGGUUGUGCGGGGCCAGAGGGUGAUUCUGUCCUGUGUUGUGUUUAACUACUCAGGCAUUGUGCAGUGGACCAAGGAUGGACUGGCCCUGGGCAUCGGAGAGGACCUCAGGGCCUGGCCGAGGUACCGUGUGAUGCGGGUGCAGGAGCUGGGCCAGUAUAACCUGGAGAUUAUCUCAGCUGAGCUGUCUGAUGACUCCCUGUACGAGUGUCAGGCCCCAGACGCUGCACUACGUUCUAGAAGAGCCAAACUCACUGUCCUCAUCCCUCCAGAUGACCCAGUGAUCGACGGGGCCCCUGAGGUGCUGUUGAAUGCAGGCGACCACUAUAACCUGAGUUGUGUGUCCCGUGGGGCCAAGCCCCCUGCCAUGAUAGAGUGGCAAAAAGACGGGCUCCCCGUAGACGGAGCAGUCAGCACCACCGAGGUGCUCCCAGACAGAAAGAGGGUGACGACCCACAGCUUCCUGCCCAUCCACCCAGUGGACACAGACACAGGGAGGAACUACAGCUGUGUGGCCAGCAACCUGGCUAUCCCCACUGGGAAACACACCACCGUCACCCUCAACGUACACCACCCCCCCAUGGUGACCCUGUCCAUCGAGCCCCGCUCCGUCUUAGAGGGGGACAGAGUCACCUUCACCUGCGCCGCCUCCGCCAACCCUCCUAUCAUGGGAUACAUGUGGGCUAAGGGUGGAGUGAUCCUGCAGGGGGCCAGAGAGAGUGUGUUCACCACCAAGGCGGACCACUCCUUCUUCACGGAGCCUGUGUCCUGCUCAGUGUUCAAUGCUGUGGGUAAAACCAACGUCAGCAUCCUGGUCGAUGUGCACUUUGGUCCUAUCCUGGUAGUGGAGCCUAGGCCAGUGACCGUGGACAUAGACUCUGAUGUCACUCUGAACUGCAAAUGGGCUGGCAACCCUCCUCUCACCCUCACCUGGACGAAGAAGGGCUCCAACAUGGUCCUUAGUAAUAACAACCAGCUGUUCCUGAAGUCAGUGAGCCAGGCGGACGCUGGGCAGUACGUGUGUAAGGCCAUCGUCCCCAGGAUCGGAGUGGGAGAGACAGAGGUCACUCUCACUGUCAACGGUCCCCCCAUCAUCUCCAGUGAGCCUGUUCAGUAUGCAGUGAGGGGGGAGAGAGGAGAGGUCAAGUGCUACAUCGCCAGCACACCUCCACCGGACAAGAUAGUGUGGGCGUGGAAGGAGAACGUGUGGGAGAAGGAGAAGGGGACUCUGUUGGAGAGGUACACGGUGGAGCAGAGUAAACCUCUGUCUGAGGGAGGGGCUGUCCUCUCCACCCUCACCAUCAACAACGUCAUGGAGGCUGACUUCUUGUCCACCUACAACUGUACAGCCUGGAACUCUUUCGGACCCGGGACCAUGAUCAUCACCCUGGAAGAGACCGAGGAGGUACCAGUGGGUAUAAUAGCAGGAGGGACUGUUGGCUGCACCAUCCUGCUGUUCCUGUGUUUACUAGUCCUGGUGCUCAUCUUCUACCGACAGCGCAAAGGCAGUCGUCGUGGGGUCACUCUGGGUAAGCCAGACAUCAAGGUUGAGACAAUAAACAAGGAGACCCAUAGUUUGGAGGAGGACUCCGGCAGCGUUUCCACGGCAUCACGCAUGGUCAAGGCCAUGUACUCGCCCUUUAAAGACGAUAUAGAACUCAAGCAGGACCUGCGUAGCGAUACGCUAGACACUCGCCAGGAGUACGACCUGAAGGACCCCACCAACGGCUACUACAACGUGCGAGCCUCCACCCUUGACGAGGGUCGCCCCGCCUCCCGCUCCAUGCACUACUCCGACUACCGGCCCUCCAACACCCCAGGGGGAGCUGCCUCUGUCAGCAGCAGUGCUGGAGGAUCAGGGGCCACAGCCAGCGGAGGAGGCCCUCCAGGCCCAGGGACCCUCUCCACCCCCGGUCGCCCCAGUUGCUACGACCCCCGGCCCCCCUCCAGACUCUCCCACAACAGCUACGCCCAGUUCAACACCUUCACCCGGGCUGGGCAGAGCCAGCAGCCCCCUCCCAACCCCCCGCCGCAGACCAGCGACUUCCCUGGGGACUGCAGCCUGUUGGACUCCCCUCAGCUGGCCUAUGACAACUACGGCUAUCCCUCUCACCCCUAUACCCCCUACCGCAUGGGCUUUGCCCCGCCCAGUCUGGCUCCAUUGGAAACCGGGCCUUCCUAUGAGAUGUACGGGGUGGGGUCGGGGGUGGGGCCUGUGCCAGGGGUGGGGCCUGGUGUGGGAGUGGGGCCGGGGGCAACUCCGUCAGGGUCAGAGACUGGACUGGGGAAGUAUGGAAGCUCCACCCGCUUCUCCUAUACCUCGCAGCACUCUGACUACGGCCACAGAGGACACACACAGAGGAUGCAGACACAUGUGUGAGAUGGAUAGCUGACAUACAGUGCACAGUCACAUAGACGGUGAGGGUGCAUUUUCAUACACACUGUCACUCAGACGCACACAGAGGCCGCACACACGCAUUCACAUUCUCAAACAUACGCACAUAUACUGUACACGUGAGCAUACACACGCAGAUAUACACACAGACACACGCAGACACACACACACACACACACACACACACACACACACACACACACACACACACACACACACAGAGGAGUUAGUAUUUCCCCACGAGACAGGGAGGGUGUGAGAAAGAGAGAGUCCAGAUCAGUGGAUAACGAGUGAAUUCCUGGUAAUCUAGAAUUCCCACAAUCCCAGUGUUCAGAUCUUCACUCUGAAAGAGCGGAAAGCAAAAGUCCAAUCAAGACCAGAGAAGACGGGACUAGAGAGAACAAAAGAUCUUUAGAUGUUAAUUAUCGAAAUAAAUAGCAUGUGGGCUAUGAAUUUAGAUUGUUGUGAAUGACGAGAGGGAGCGUUACAGGCUAUUUAUUCCAUAUUCGAUUGCCAAAUAUUACAGUAAGGCAUAUCAUGGAGAAAUUGACCGUCAAGUAUGGUACUCAUUCGAAGGGCGGGAGAAACCUCAACCAGUGGAGGGCCAUGACUGGCCGCCAUUUUGUUUUAGCUGGUUGUUGUUUUAUACAGUGAUUUUAGAGCACAUAUAUAUCCCACAUUGCUCCACUUCAUUGGCGCCAUUGGUGCUGGUUAGUGGGGUCGUCGUACGUUUUGCACUGCAUUACAAACAGUAUUCAUUGCUUAGAAAUCCAUCAUCUACAUAUAUCUGUAUUAUAUGAGUCUGUUUUUAUUUGCACACCAACAAACUAGAGCUUUCUAUUCUAUUUUUUAACAUUUUACAGAAUUAUUUUGGUCAUAUUUCUGUGAAGGAAGUGUCUGUGGACCAAGAUGUUCAAACUUGAGAGUGUUUAGUCUUUGUUUGGGUGAUAUUCACCUCAACAAACAAAGAGAAACACGAAGAAGUAUUUGAGUACCUGUUUUUGUCAGCCAUGAUGACUGGCAAGAUUCAGGAAGGGGAGGGUAUACAAGAACCUUUUUUCCAAGUGUCCAUGUUUGCUCUUUAUUUGAUGUAAAUCUGGGGUUACAAGCAUUUAAAUGCAGUAGAUACCAUGCAGGAAGUCCUUCUGUGGGAAGGUGUUGUGUUCAGGCCUUGAGGCAGUCCAGGCGUAUGGAACUACAGUAUAAGCCUGCUAGCCUGGCAUUCAAACUGAAUUUUCUACGUUUCACCAUUUAUACGAACUACAUAUUUUAUAUGGUGAAACAUAGCGGAUUCCGCUUGGAUCCAGGCUAUAAACCUUAGCUUGGUGCCCCCUGCUGAAAUAGAGAGAGGUGACGUGGUAGCCUGGUUGCAGAUCUGGUUGUGCUGUCUUGCCCACUCCUACGGUCAUUGUCACGCUUGCGAACAAACAGCACCUGGGACCAGGCUAGUGAGAUGCUGUGUAUAAGAGUGGCCUUAGGGAACAUGCGGUAAUGCUUUCAUCAUUCAUUCCUCCUCACACACAAUCAGCCAUGAGGGUCAGAGGAGAAUGUGUGUGGAGAGGUUCAAUGAAGGUUUGUCUACACUAUUGAUAUACGGAUAGCGGAGUGUGAUUGUGUGAAUGUUUGUGCGUGAAAGAGAGAGUGUGUGUAUGCACAUCUAUUUGUACAGUGUUUGUAUAGGUGUGUGUGUGCGUGUGUGUGCGUGUGUGUAAUGCAUAAACAUACAGUUCUCUACCUGCGUGUGAAUGUGACUGUAUGCAUGUCAGUGUGUACAGUAUGUGUGUGUGCAUGUCUGUAUGUGUUCAUGUGUGUGAGUGCGUUUCAGUAAUAUGUCCAUAUCAUUUCUCUUCACGAUCCUGUUCCAAUACUUUUAUACCUCUGGUAGGACUGUAUCCUGUAUUAUUGUGUCUUUGAAUUUAGAAAUACAAUGUUUAUCUUAUUGUACUGUUCUACGUAGCAGAAAAAAAACUGUUCAAAAGAUGUACAACAGAAAGUGAUCAAAUUUUCAUUUUUUAAUUUCAUUAUCUCCAAUAUUUUUAAAAAAUGGUAUGUAAUUAUUUUUCCACAGUAUAACAGAAAUAAAAAGCACUGUUUUUUAUAAAAUAAA